AUGAACAGCUGCUUUGGAAGCUUUUCCCCUUAUUUCAACCUGAUUGAAUGGGCAAAAUGCCUGCUCCAGAGCUGUGGAACUCCAUCCCAGAAGAAAUCCUCAUCCAGAUCUUCCACUACCUUCCUCUUCGAGACAGAUACGCAGCCUUCUGUGUGUGCCGGCAGUGGGCUGCGGCCAUCUCUUCCUGCGCCGUCUGGCGUUUCACAGAGGUCAGCUGUGAUUCAGAGGAUGAGGAGGGCAUGCUGCAGAGGCUCCCCCAGUUCCUCGGCCAAAUCCGACACCUGAAGAUUGCCUUUGACCAGUCCAAGGAGGUCAACCGGAGGGGCGUGGUGCGCCUCUUGGACGCCUUGGCCAAACAGAAGCACCAGCUGCAGGAGCUGUGCCUGGUGUGCCACGGGGAGAACCCCUACUUCUGCGCUGGCCAGGACAUCCUGCAGGGCAUAAGGGCUUUGUGUGCCGCUCGGAACCAGGGGGCCCUGCGGCACCUGGACUUCCGGAAGCUGCCCUUCACUCUGGACGGGCAGCUGGUGGAGCUGCUGGCUGCCGCCAACCCCCGGCUGCAGAGCUUCUUCAUCAACAACCGCACCCUGGUGUGCAACGUGCCCCCAGACGCCGUCAGGAAGGUCCUGAGAGCCUGCCCCAGGCUCUCAGCCUUGGGGGUUUACUAUGCCAGCUUGUCUGCUGCUGUGUUCCAGGAGCUGCUGGAGCCCAGCCGAGCAGCCUUCGCCCACCUGGACCUCUUCUGCGGGCGCCUGGACAAGUACGCCUCCGUCAUCUCGGCGGAGCUCUGGGCUGCUGUGAGCCAAAGGCAUCCUCAGCUCUGCGUGGACCUGGAGUUUGACCAUACAGUCCCUGCCUGCAAGAUCCCCCAGAUCCUGAAGCCCACCAUCCCUGUGAGCACGCUGCAGCUCAACACCCAUAAUUACAUGGUAAGCCAGGUCAGCUUUGUCACCUGCAGCUACAGCAGCACGUUAAAGAAGCUGACUCUGCAAACCACCUCCUCGGAGAGCCUGAAUUCUUCGCUGGUAGCUCUGGCCAAGCGGUGCAGGAAUCUGCUGGAGAUCCACUGCUACUGUGUGGUCAGCCAGGAGGUGGUGGAAGCCUUCCUCACACACUGCCCCAGGCUCAAGCAAUACACUCUGAAGGUCACCAAGGAGCGGCACCCCUGGAAACCAGCAAGAGUUGUUCGGCGCCCAGCUCCUGCUGACCUCCUGAGGAAGCCGUUGGGCUCUGCCAGGUGAGAGUCAGGGCUGCCAGGAGGAUGCUGCCAAAGGCCCUCUGCACUCCCUGCAAACUUGCUGUCCCACCAGCCCUGGCUCUUGUGAUGCCCACCUGUUCUGCAGACCAAGCAUUUACACUCCAGCAUGAGAAAGGCUUCUG